UCAAAUAUUUUUAUGAACUCAUCUAAUUGAUGAAAUAAACCUUUAAGAGGUUGAAUUGGCUCUCUUUAUCUUUUUCCCUUCUUGAAAGAGGAGGUUGAAUUGGUCUGAGGGAAGCAUUCUAGUUAAACCAGUUUGGGAAAGAGUCAAAACAGAGUAUGUUUCAUGAUAUCUGUUUAUUGGUCAUGUGCCAUGUGCUAGUUGUCACUGAGGACAUCGUGGCUCUGGCAAUAUAUGUGGCUUUGAAGCAGUGUUAUACUUGGCGCUUGGUGCGACGUGUUAUGCACAGAACAUUUGCGAACUGGAGAAGCAGCAUCGGUUUGUUCUCUUUCCAGCUAGUGGUGGGUGUUCUAAGGGUUUUUCGCCAAGAGGAUCUCGGUAUAGCCCAGAGGGACCUGUCUGAAGCCAGUUAUGGUGGCAGUGAUUGUUAAUUUUUACUGGUUGUUGGGGGAUCUUAGAUGGGAUAGAUUUUUUAAGGUUACAUUUUUUUUUCCGUCUCAGAUGGAUGGAAUUUGUGGAGGAGAAUCAUGAGAUUUUGGGUGUUUUAACUUUUAGCUAAAUUACCAAUUGAGGUAGGACAAAUUAAAGUUGAUUUGCCUACUUGAGGAUUUGGGUAACCUAGAUAUUAUACCUAGGUUCUUAAGCAUCACAUUUAAGUAUUAAUUGAAUUCAAAGAUACUGAGAAAAUUAUCAGAACCAUUUUUAUUGGCUGAUUAUGAUCUCAAGGGUGACAUUAUAGAAGGUAUUAUAGAUUUUCCCCCAGUAGAAGUAGGCUAAAAAUACGGUGAAGUAAAAGUAAUUUCUGAAAUAGCAGGGCUGCUGCUAUGGCCCAUAAAUGGUUAGGAUUAGAAAGGUGAUUGUUGUGGGAAUUUUUCUGAGCUUUUUUAUAUCAAGUACCUUACCUUGUGUCUGGAGCACUUCAGUUAGUUUUAUUAUUAUCCUUAAUGGAUUGGUUGGUUGACAUGAUCUAAUAAUGGAAUAUUUCAGAAUGUCUUUCUUUACCUGAAGUUCCUGGAGGAACUUGGUUCUGUAGAUAUUGUCAGAAUGUGUUUCAGAAAGAAAGGUUUGUGGAGCGCAAUGCCAAUGCUCUUGCAGCUGGAAGGGUUGCUGGAGUAGAUGCAAUUGAACAAAUUACCAAGCGAUGCAUUCGUAUUGUCAAUUCCCCUGGUUCUGAACUUGGCAGUGUAUGCGUGUUAUGCAGGGGCCAUAGUUUUAGCAAGUCAGGUUUUGGCCCUCGCACUGUUAUUAUUUGUGAUCAGUGUGAAAAAGAAUUUCAUGUUGGCUGUCUGAGGGAUCACAACAUUGAUGACCUUAAGGUAUUGCCGGAAGGACAAUGGUUCUGUUGCAAAGAAUGCCAGAAAAUUAAUUCUGCUUUGAACAAGUUGAUAAUUCGUGGUGAAGAGAAGCUACCAGAUUCGUUUCUGAAUGUUAUAAAGAAAAAGCAUGUGGAAAAUGGUCCUCAGAGGACAAGUAAUCUUGAUGUAAGAUGGAGGGUUCUUAGUGGGAAAAUGGCCUCGUCAGAUGCUAGGAGGCUGCUUUCCAGUGCAGUUGCUAUCCUUCAUGAUCGUUUUGAUCCUAUUAGUGAAUCUGGAUCUAGAGGGGAUCUCAUACCGGCUAUGGUUUAUGGAAGGCAAGUUAAAGGCCAGGAUUUUGGUGGAAUGUAUUGUGCCAUACUGACUGUGAACCAAGUGAUUGUGUCCGUUGGGGUUUUUAGGGUUUUCGGGACAGAUCUGGCCGAGCUUCCUUUGGUUGCAACAAGUAAUGAGUGCCAAGGACAGGGUUACUUCCAGUGCUUAUUCUCUUGUCUGGAGAUGCUACUUGGCUUUUUAAAUGUGAAGCAUCUCGUGCUUCCAGCUGCUGAAGAAGCAAAAUCUAUUUGGACGGAUAAAUUUGGCUUUAACAGUAUGACACAGAAAGAGGUGGAUGCUUACAGAAAGGAUUACCUAAUGAUGAUCUUUGAAGGGACAUCAAUGUUGCGUAAGCCAGUUCCGAAAUGCCGGAAAGUAGUUAAACCUGAUGUUAAAUGUGAUAAAUCCGACAACUGAAGAUUGCCUUUUUUCGGUUCAAGAUGGAGAAGCAAGUUUUUUGAAGAGCCUUUUCCUGUAUGUACAGGGUCCCCUUUUUUUUGUGUACAGAGAAUAGAAAUGCAGGUUUCAUGCGGGCUUUUAUAAUUUUUUUUUGCUACACAGAAAAACUUCUAGAGAAGCUUCAUAUUUAUUUAUACCCAAGAAGGGGAAAUUGAGGGGGGGAAAUUUUGGGAACUUUGAGAUGCUAAUAUAGGCUUUUCAUCAUGAAACAUUACAUUUAAAUGCAGCAUGUGUUUUGCAUAUGACUUGAAUGUCUAGAUGACUAUUGUAGUAUGAUACCUAUAUGGCCAUUGGCUGCUCUAAAUUAAAAGCAGCAAAAACUUUGGCAGUUA